UCCAAAAUCCUCAGACGUCGAGUAAGCACUGCGGGCAGGCUGACUCCAAAACGAAUGUUUCAUCAUGUUGUACUCUGCUGUACAACACUAUUAUCUCUUCAACAAAUUGCUUUUGCCUCAGCUAUGGAUACUUUCCCUUUCACCUCGGAAUCUGUCACUGAAGGUCACCCUGAUAAGCUUUGUGAUCAAAUAUCUGAUGCGAUUUUAGAUGCGUGCUUGGAACAAGAUCCCGAAAGUAAAGUCGAUUGUGAGACAUGUACAAAAUCCAACAUGGUUACAGUGAUAGGCGAAAUCACGACCAAGGCUAAUGUGGACUAUGAGAAAAUUGUUCGCGACACGUGCAGAGAAAUUGGAUAUUCAUCGCUGGAAGUCGGACUCGAUGCUGAUAAUUGCAAGGUUCUGAUAAAUGUCGAACAGCAGAGCCCUGAGAUUGCUGAGGUUGUCCAUGGUCACCUAAUGAAAAAACCGGAAGAGGUUGGAGCUGGAGAUCAGGGACACAUGUUUGGCUAUGCCACUGACGAAACCCCUGAGCUGAUGCCGUUGACGCAUGUCCUUGCUAGUAACCUCGCAGCCAAAUUAACCGAGGUGAGAAAGAACCGAACUUGUCCCUGGCUAAGGCCUGAUGGCAAGACUCAAGUUACUGUCGAAUAUCAGAAAGAAGGUGGAGCUGUGGUACCUAUUAGGGUCCAUACCGUUCUCAUCUCGACUCAACAUGACGAGGUUGUGACAAAUGAGCAGAUAUCGGAAGAUUUAAAAGAGCACGUAAUCAAGGAUGUCAUUCCAUCAAAAUAUAUCGACGACAAGACAAUAUUGUGUUUCAUCCCGUUGAGUCGAUUUAUACAUGGAGGUCCUCACGAGGAUGCAGGAUUGACUGGCAGGAAGAUUAUUGUCGACACUUACGGUGGCUGGGGUGCACAUGGAGGUGGUGCAUUUUCUGGAAAGGAUCCAACCAAGGUUCAUCGAAGUGGUGCCUAUAUUGCCAGGCAAGCAGCGAAAAGCGUGGUGGCCUCUGGGCUUGCACGUCGUUGUACCGUGCAGUUGUCAUAUGCAAUCGGGAUGCCGGAACCGUUGUCUAUAUUCGUGGACACGUAUAGAACAGGGGAAUUGUCGGAUAAGGAUAUACAGGAGCUUAUUCAGGACAAGUUCGACUUCAGGCCGGGAAUGAUUUCUAUCAAUCUGGACUUGAAAAGGGGUGGCAACUUCAGGUAUCAGAAGACUGCUGCCUAUGGUCAUUUUGGACGAGAUGAUCCAGAUUUCACCUGGGAAAAUGUUAGUGUGCUCAAGCCUAAAUGAACUUUUAGUCUACUUUCCUUUCUAUAGUAUGCUUCUGUUGUUUCUCUUGGAUUUGUACAUUUCUUAUCGAAACAAAAGAGAUUAAGCCACGUUUUAUAAGCUCUAUGCUUAAGAAUAAAUAAUAGAAGAGUUCAUGUGAUUAA